AUGGCCGAAUUUUUGCGCCGUCUUGUUUCGGGGGGCAAAGCUAGGUUUAAGGAUCCGAAUCUUGACCUUGAGCUAGACCUUGCGUAUGUAACUGAUCAAGUCAUCGUUAUGGGCUAUCCUGCUGCUGGCAUUGAAAGCCUCUACCGAAACUGCCGCGAGGAUGCUCAGCGUUUUCUUACUGCUCGGCAUGGUAGCGACUUUUGGGUAUUCAACUUCUGUCCAGUCAGGGAGAACUUUUAUGACAAGAGCGUUUUUGGUGGACGAGUGAGUCGCUACCCCUUUCCAGAUCAUCAUACGCCUCCCCUUGCCGUUCUCCCCUUGGUUUCGAGAGAGAUACAUGCUUGGGUGACGGUUUCAAAGGACCGAGUAGCUGUUUUACACUGCAAAGCUGGGAAGGGAAGGUCAGGCACGCUAGUCUGUGCUUAUCUUCUCUCGCUCGACACCUUUUAUCCUCCUGCGGAAAACAGUUACCUUGAAAAGGACUGGGUAACCAUACGCGUCGAUGAAUGCAUGCAAGCAAUCCCCGAUGAUGCUGUCCUUGAAGAACUAGAGGAAGCAGCCAUCUCCUCUGCAUCAUCCAUUGUGGAAGAAAGAUUCUCGGAGUCCCGAGAUGAAAGUCGAAGUAUUCCCUCCAAACUCUCUGGGCCUACAUUACAACAGGUAUUAGACUUGCAUACCUCGCGUCGCAUGAAGGCGUCGCAUAUUUCAACGAACGCAUCAAGCAAGAAGCCGGGAGCAGGUGUUAGCAUUCCUAGUCAGCGGCGCUGGCUUUUAUACUGGUCGCAACUUCUUGCUGGCCAGGGUCCACCUGGCAUGUGGGGACUGUCGGACGUGAAUUCCGGCUUGCACGAUAGCUCCAACUCGCCAUCGAUUCUCCAGAGGAAAGUGCGCAUCACCGAAAUUUCGAUUCGACUGCGUGAGCUCUCUGGAAUUAAAGCAGGUCUCGUUCGUGCAGCCAGCUUUCUAAUGGAUCACGGAAAGGACGGACGUGGUCUCAUCAGUCCUGGCAAUAACCGUGUGUGGGCGUCACUAGCACGCUAUGACAAUGACUUGGUUGACGCUCUAGAGCGUCGGGAGCAAGGUACUCGAGAUAUCACUAACUUGGGAAGGCGAAAACUUGAGCUAUCUGAACCGGUCAGCGAUAUCUUUACCGACGAUAAAUGGGACAAAGAAAAGAUGGUACGGACUUUUGCUCGGAUGGGAGAUGAUGGAAAGCUACCUUCCGAAAUGAAUAGCGCAGAUGAGAGCAUCAAGGUUUAUAACUAUGUUCUUGGUCCGUUGACUGAGGAGUGUUGGGUAGACAUUUCCAAAGCACCGCUUCGACAGGAGGAAAUUCACAGCUCGGAGGCUUCAAUCAAAUCGGAGAUGACUUCUGUCUAUUCCAUAUCCCAGCCAGUGACAAACACUAGGAUCGGUCGCAGCGGGAUAGUAGUUGACGCCGACCGCGAGUUGCGGAUCAAACUCUACAUGGGACAGGUAUUUAUGACUUGGUUGUGGUUCAUCCCAGCAUUCCAUAUCGGUCCCGAAAUGCCAUCCUCAUCGUUUAUACUGCCUCGAGAUGACCUCGAUUUCCCGAUUGGCAUAGGCAAGGAUAUCGUGGAUGUAGAGUUGAAAAUGGAAUGGUGCCGAGGUGAAGUCGAUGAUACGCAAGUGGAAACUGUCCAGACGGACCCAGUUUUGUCAGGGGCGGAGACUGUCGUGGCCAGCCUCGCUGGUGGCGUUGAUUGUCAAGCUGUCGAAAGAUAA